AUGCCGUCCAAAUCAUCAGGGCGCAUUGCCAAAGUGCGCAAGAAUAAAUACUCGACUCCCCAUGAAAAGAACCACCGAUGGCAGUCCUUCAACGACAAGAUUGCCCAGUUCAACUCGCUGCAGCCGCUGCGGCGAGUCCGCCGCCACGAUCUCGACACCGAGGACCUCUCGGCCGCGACAUCGUACUUCCAGACGGCCCUGCAAAAAUGGAACGAGCUCAACAUCGGCCGGUGCUUCGUCUCGUUCAAGCAAAAGGUGCUGCCGCUGAGCGAGAGCCUGCCGCAGAUUCUGCACUUUGAGACGCGCAUCAUGGACCUGCUCGAGGAGCACAUUGCCAUGCAGGACAAGGACGGGCUGGAGCCGCUGCUGGACCUGCUGACGGCCUUUGCCCACGACCUGGGCUCGCGCUUCGAAAAGUACUACGAGAGGAGCCUGGCGCUCAUCAUUGCCAUUGCGAUCCGCCCGCAGCCCGCCGACGUGAUUGAGUGGACGUUUGGCACGCUCGCCUUCCUCUUCAAGUACCUGUCCAAGCUGCUGGUGCCCGACGUGCGCCCGACGUACAAGGUCAUGGCUGUGCUGCUCGGCAAGACUCGCCUGCCGGGCCACGUUGCCCGCUUCGCCGCCGAGGCCGUGAGCUUCCUGGUGAAGAAGGCGGCCGCGCCGUCGCACCGCGAGACGGCCCUGGUCGGCCUCGUCGAGCACAUCCGCGACGACCUGGUCGGCAUGGUCGACGACAAGCAGUUUACGCUCUACAACGACGGCGUCAUGACCAUGUUUGCCGAGGCCAUCAAGGGCACCGAGGGCAACAUCCACUCGGCCGGCGCCGCCAUCCUCGCGACCCUCAUGGAUGCGAUCCCCGAAGACGAAAAGAAGCUCGCCACGAGGCAGGUCUGGACGGACGUUGUCUGCGGCGUCCUCACGAGCACGAUACACCACUGCCGUGAGGAGCACUUUGACGACUACGCCGAAGCAAUCUUUGAUGCUAUUGAGCAAAAGGCCGUUGCCGUCGCGAUGCCCCCUCCGGCUUGGGGCACGAUUCCACAUAUUCGAAUACUCGGCACGCUGGCAGGCGUGCGCAAGGGCUCCCGCAUCAGCAACUGGAACCGCCUGAUCCAGCAGCUCGUCGCCCUGCUCGCCAAGAUGGUGCCGUACCCGUCGGCCGAUGAGCUGAGCCAGGAGGAGAGCAACAACCUGUGGUCCCGCGUGCUGGUCAACGUGGCCAUUGCGUGGCACCACGCCCCCGUCGACGCCCUCGUCCCGCACCUCGCCUCGCUGCUGCAGUCGCUGACGCGCGAGCCGCUGAUGCGGUGGUUCAUACCCUUCUGCGCGCUCUUCUGCGCGCUGGACCCGCGCCGCUUCGGCAGUCUACUGCGCGGCGACUUUCAAAAGUUUCUCGCGGCGCACUGGUCGCGCGGCAGCGGCGGCGGCGCACACGGGUGGUCCAACGAGGAGAUGCUCUGCACGCUGCUACCCAAGAUGAUGGAGAACCGCGCGUUCCCGCCGCCGAGCGACAAGCACGCCUGCAAGCUGCCCCAGAGCUGGCAGGACCAGAUUGUGUCCAAGUUUGAGAACCUCGAGAUUUCGCCGUUCCCGGAGCGUGGACCCUACAACAAGGACCCUCAGGUCUGGCGGGAUCGCUGCUUGCCGAAAUAUGCAGCCCUGCUUCAGAUUCUCGAACUGACUUCGGUGCAUCCCUCCACCAAUGCCCGCAUCGCCGAGCUCCUGCUCAAAAAGCUCAAGCUUGCGCUGCGGCCGUCGUCCACACUCGACUCUGACGAAGUGCGCUUCAUUGUCGGUCCCGGGUUCCAUGCAUACUUGGGUAUGAGCAAGGCAGCGGGCGUCAUUGACUCGAACCUAAGUCGACUCCUUCGUGCUGCUCUCCCUCGAUUUGCCCGCUCUGUCGGUUUCCUGCGAUCAUAUCUCACCUAUGUAUCUUCUGUUUCUGGCAGUGCGUCGCCAGAUGAGCACACUGCCGGCGAAGAAACCUCAUCAGAAACCGAUCCCGCCAUUGCGUCCCUUAUUGAGAACCUCGGCUCUCCUUCACAUGAAAUUCGCCUCACCUCCUUACGCCUACUACAAUACAUGGAUAAAUCCGCUGCCGUCAUUGACGCCAUGCUGCAGAUUGAAGAGACUCCUCUCCAUCUGCAAAAUACGAGAAGCAUUGGCAUGCUCAUGCGCAAGCUCGGCCAAGACUAUGCCCACGUGAACAGCUUCAGCUGGGUCAGCACAGCCGUUCCGUCUUUCCUUUUCGGAAUGCUCACCGUGAAGCUCUCGCCCGUGUGGGACGAUGCCACUGAGACCCUGAAACACAUUGCCCAGUCCAAGACUGGCGAGGAGGCUAUUGCCAAGAUUGCGUUUCGGUGGAUCGAAGUGCCCUCGCCGCGAUGGAAGGCCGCGAUGGGCGACGGAUCUGCCACUCAAAGACCCGUCCUAUCAGAUUUCGACUGCACGGCGUACAUCUACCUGUCAAGAGCAGGGCAAAUGGUCCAUGAAGAUGCGGUCGGUGCAGCGACCAAGAUGCUAGAAAAAUUUGACCAAGAACAGCAACUCGUGGAGAAUAUUCCCGAGUUUGCACGAAACCGUGCCCUCAGAGUAUUCAACGCCCUUCCCGCCAUUGCGGAGAAGAGAUCGCGCCAGCUGGUGCCUCACUUGCUCUGCUGGGCGAGCGAGUCAGAGGACACGGCAGAAGAUGCAACUGACGAGGAUGCCGGGACAGAAGAGGAUAAGAACUGGUCGCUGGCCGACAGAAAGAGCAUCAUUGGCGUCUUUUCGCAAUUCGUCAAUCCCAAGGUUCUGUAUCAGCACGAAAAAGUCUACGAUGCGCUGCUGCGACUCCUCGAAAAUGGUGACAUUGAGGUGCAGAAGCUCGCGCUCAAGGGCAUCCUGGCUUGGAAGCAGGAGGGUGUAAAGGCGUAUCAAGAAAACCUCGAGUUCCUCCUGGACGAAGCACGCUUCAAGAACGAAAUUGCCGUCUUUUUACAGGAUGACGAGCUCAUCAAGACUGCCCAUAAGCCGCAGCUCAUGCCCGUUCUCCUACGCCUGCUGUACGGCCGCACCAUUUCCAAAAAAGGCGCUGCGAGCGGUCGCCACGGCUUACAGGCUACGCGUCUGGCCGUCAUUCGAAACCUUACUCUUCAAGACAUGGGUGACUUUCUCGACAUUGCCAUGGGCAAGCUUCGAGGCGUGCAAGUCGUCGGAAAGUCGGCGGUUCAGACGAAGGCGUCUUUCAGCGAGCCUAUCAUUACUCCCCGCCAACAAGUUGGUUUCCUAAACAUGAUCUCGUCCUUGAUCACGGAAAUGGGCAGCAAUGUGUCACAAUACAUGGAAAAGGUGCUCAGCCCAGUGCUGUACUGCCUCGUCUACGCCUGUCGAAAUUUGAGAGACGUAUCCCCCGAAGCUGAAGAGAGUGACAAGGCAAGCAGUGCGUCGCUGCUCCGUGUCGUUCGCGUGACUGGUAUCAAGUGCCUCAUUUCGCUUUUCCAGAACGCACAGGACUUCCAGUGGGAGCCGUAUCACGACCUCAUUAUCGAAGAGAUUGUGGCACCAAGGAUCGAAAACCUUGCCGCCGAGACGACCCAAGGUGUUUCCGGACUCAUGCACCUGUUCUUCACCUGGUCCGUUCUGCCCAAGUCGGCCCUGUUCCUCGCACCCCACGGCACAUACUUGCCGGUUGGUGUCUUGCCAAGCGUCGUGGACUGCAUCACGGCGGCAAAGACAAAGGACGACGUCAAGAUUCACUCGCUCGAGAUUUUGCGCAACCUCGUCAAGCUGGCCGUUGCCCCUGCCAGUGAAUCCCAGUUCAACGAGCUGAUCAAGGUGGAACUGCUAGACGCCAAUGUGAAGCAGAUUUUGGCGAGCAUCACCAAAGUUCUGGAGGAGCAGACCGUCGGUCACUCGCUCCUCGAGGCAUGUGUCGAGACUAUCCUGGCGUUUGCCGUCGUUGUCCAAGACAUUGCGAAUAUUCAGUCCGUCAUCCGCAUCUCAAGCUACCUGCUGAACCAGCCUCCACGACGUGUUAGCCCCAAGACCAAGGGUCGUAUCCUGCUCAUCGUCGAGAGCUUCGUAUCCAUGGACCAUGCGGGACAAGACCCCAAGCUGCUGCAACAGGUAUACGAUACGCUUUCGUCGCUAUUCGGCUAUUUCAAGGACCGCGAAAACAGACAAUCGCUGGCCCGCGCUCUGCUGGCUCUUUCCAAGCAGGAGCCCGAAGUUGCGGUCGUCGCUAGCCUUUGCAACGAGCUCAACUCAUACAAGGAGGGCCGCCUGGAUGAGCCAGACUAUGACCGACGCCUCAAUUCGUUCAACACCAUUGUAGCUGUGCGCAAGGUGGCUUGGACUCCGAAACAGUGGCUACCGGUGCUGCACAACCUCAUCUUCUUUAUCCGCGAUGACCAGGAAUUCGGUGUCUUGUCGACCAACUCUGCCGACGGUCUGCGACGAUUCGUUCAAAAUGUCGCUGAUGCCCAGCCCGCGAACGUCAAGACCGUCUUUGAAGAGACCCUCAAGAGUGUUCUCAUGCCUGCUGUGUAUUCGUGCGCCCGCGACCCCUCUGAGACGGUGCGCCGCCAGACACUCCGCGUGUUCGGUUUCCUGCUCACUACCAUGCCCGACUGGGCGCCCGUUGCCGACCUCAAGGGCUUGCUGGUGGAACAACAUGAAGAAUCGACCGAGCCUGCAUUCUUCUUCAACCUGCUGAGCCCUGCCGUUGCGCGCCAGCUCGAGGCCCUCAAGGCUCUGGAGGCUGCGAACCAAUCUCACGAGAUGGGCAGCCAAAACCUGGCUCAAUUCUUCAUCCCGCUGCUAGAGCACUUCAUUUUUGGGCGUGAGGACGGCACAGACGACCACGGUCUCGGUGCACAGGCCACUACAACUAUUGGAACAUUGGCCAUGUCUCUCCACUGGAACCACUACCGCACUACUCUCCAGCGAUACAUCAGCUACGUUGGAUCCAAGCCGGAGCUGCAAAAGCAAACAGUCCGUCUUUGCGGCCGAUUUGCGGAUGCUCUUAGCGCCUCUAUGGAGAGCAAGGAUGAUGCCAUGGAGAUAGAUGGCGAAGAUGCCCCAGCGCCAGCUCAGAAGCAACGCCUUGCCACGAGCACUUCCAAGACUCAGCUCCCGGUCGACAUUUCGGAAUACUUUCUGCCGCCACUCACAAAAUACCUUCACGAAAAAAAUGAGUCCGAAGUCAGUUAUCGUGUGCCGGUCGGUGUUAUCAUUGUCAAGCUUCUCAAGCUCCUGCCGGAGCAGCUGAUGAACCAGAAGCUUGCUGGAGUCUUGACCGACAUCUGUCAUAUUCUGCGCAGUAAGAACGAGGAGUCGCGAGACUUGACUCGUGAUACGCUGGUGCAGAUUGCCGUUGUCCUCGGGCCCGGCUUCUUCGGCUUCCUUCUCAAGGAGCUCCGAAGUGCCCUGACGCGCGGCUACCAGCUGCACGUUCUGUCUUACACCAUGCACUCCAUCCUGGUCGCCUCGGUGCCCUUGUUUGGCCCUGGUGAUCUCGACCACUGCCUCUCGCCCAUUGUCACCAUCAUCAUGGACGACAUCUUUGGCGUCGUUGGACAAGAAAAAGAUGCUGAUGGCUACACGACACAGACAAAGGAAAUCAAGGGCAGCAAGAGUCAGGACUCAAUGGAACUGGUUGCAAAGACCGCCUCCGUGACGCAACUCAUUCGCCUAGUGAAGCCGAUCCAGGCUCUGCUCAUGGAAAGGGUGGACCUCAAGAUGGUGCGCAAGAUUGACGCGCUCAUGUCCCGCAUUACCGUCGGCCUGCUGCAGAACCCGGCCGCGGAGAGCCGCGACACUCUUGUAUUCUGCUAUGAAGUCAUUCAAGAAGUCUACGACAGCCAGAAGCCACAGGUAGAGAAAAAGAUGGACCCCAGAGUGCGGAAGUACCUCGUUCAGAAGGGUGCCAAGAAGAGCGACCGAGGCAAAGCGGCCAAGCAUACUUACAAACUCAUGCGAUUCGCAUUCGAUAUUUUGCGCGCUAUGCUCAAGAAGCACGAUAGCCUGCGAACACCCGAGAACCUUGCUGGCUUCUUGCCCAUCAUUGGUGACGCUAUUGUAGAUGGUGAGGACGAGGUCAAGAUUUCGGCUUUCCGUCUACUGGCAGUCAUUGUCAAGGUUCCCAUGGGUGAUGACGGAGCCAACCUCUUCAAGGUCACUGUCAGAGAAGCCACCAAGAGCAUCUCCACGUCGACAUCUACCACGACCGACCUGGCACAGGCCGCGCUGAAGCUGCUGUCCGUCCUCUUGCGCGAUCGACGCGAUGUGAUUGUCAAGGAUGCGGCGGCCGACAUGCUCCUCGGGAAACUCAAGGACGACUUUACCGAGCCGCUGUAUCGCCACGUCACGUUUAACUUUUUGCGAUCCGUCCUCGAGCGUCGCAUCGAAACAGCCGCGGUGUACGACACUCUCGACCAUGUUGGCACUGUCAUGAUUACCAACCCCGACAAGGACACACGAGAUCUGGCCCGCGGUGCGUUUUUCCAAUUUAUCCGCGAGUACCCGCAGAAGAAGGCUCGCUGGGCCAAGCAGCUCGAUUUCAUCGUUGCCAACCUCAAGUAUGAUCGCGAGGGCGGUCGUCUGUCCGUCAUGGAGAUGCUUCACCUGCUUCUCAUGAAGGCCUCCGACGAGUUUGUGCAGCAGGUGGCGUCGACUUGCUUCCUGCCGCUCUUUUUUGUCCUCGCCAACGACGAGAGCGAAAAGUGCCAGCUGUCGGCUGGUGAGCUCAUCAAGGAGAUUCUCCAAAAGGCCGACAAGGAGCGCAUACAGCAGUUCCUCACGCUGCUGCGGUCAUGGCUCGAUAAGAAGGACAACCUUCCGGUGCUGCGACUGGGCUUGAUGGUCUUUGGGUACUAUUUCGAGGCAAACGAAGACGCCGCCAAGAAUAAAAAGGACUACAAGCUUGUGCUCUCUACUAUUGGAGAAUUACUGGCCCAGGAUGUUACCGAGCUUGAUGCAGAUCUCGUCAGUACCAUCAUUGCCACGGUGCAAUUAUUCACUGUGCAGUAUCCAGAGCGCAUCCUCACACCCGAGAACGAACAGCUGUGGAUCAAUGUCGCGCUUUGCCUGCAGCACCAGGAUGUCAAUGUGCGCUUGGUAACAAUUCGCUUGAUCGCCGUGUAUCUUGGCGACUUUGCGAAGCAGAGCGGCAGCACGCCUCCCGGGCAAGCGCUCAAGGGAUCUUAUGGCCUUGCGUUGCCCGUGGAGAAGCUGCAGGACUACGUGCGCCUGGGUUUGAACGUUCUGGGUGGCAGCCAAGUCGACGAGGCACUGGCCAAGGAAGUCACGCAGGUCAUCAUCUUCCUUGGACCGCGCCUUGCCGACGUACCCGAGAAGAAGACGGCCGAAGACGACGGUGAUCCGGAGGAAGAGGAAGAAGAAGAAGAGGACGAAGCAGCUGACCAAGACGAGGAAGACAUCACCCAGCGGCCCCGCGACAUUGGCUACCUCUUCUGGCGCCUGUCGCACAUCCUGCGCAAGGAGAUUCGCCCGCGCAGCUACGCCAUCGUGCCCAAGGUGCACGCCAUGGAGGCGCUCGAGACCAUUGCCCGGCGCAUCCCCGCGGACCGGCUGCGGCCGUCGCUGCGCAAGGUGCUGGAGCCGCUGCACCACCUGACGGACCCGUCGAUCCCGGUGCCGUUCAGCGCCGACGAUGAGUUCCGCGCGCGGCUUGAGGGCAUCAAGACGCGCGCGCAGAUCAUGAUGGACGCGCUGCAGAAGAAGUUUGGCACGGCCACGUACACGCGGCUGCUGCUCGAGGUGCGCGAGGCGGUGCGCAGGCGCCGGCAGCGACGGUCCAGCAAGCGCAAGAUUGAGGCGCUCGCGCAGCCGGAAAAGUACAGCCGCGACAAGAGGAAGAAGCUGGACCGCAACAAGGAGAGGCGCAAGGUGCGGUCCUCGGAGCAAAAGACGAUGCGACAGACGUACAAAACGUGGUAG